AAGGCCUCUUCAAAAUCCUAUAUCCAUUCUCACCACUAACCACCCCCCGCCAAAACAUCCAAAAAUCUUCCUUCCCAUCAACAAUGGAGAUUUCUACCUCUACUCCUCAUCCCCUUCUCUUUCCUUACUACCAUUACUCCAUUCCCCAUAAUUACGUUCACUGGGUUCAAACCUCAGACUCUCAUCUUUUCUCCGCCGAUCUCCCUGGUGUUCGGAAGGAGGAGAUAAAAGUGGAGGUUGAAGAUUCGCGGUAUCUGAUCAUUCGGACAGAGGCUGUGAAUGGAGUUACUUCUCCGGCCAAGAGUUUCUCCAGGAAAUUUCGACUUCCGGUUUUGGUUGAUGUAGAUGGAAUUUCGGCUGGGUUUGAGAAUGGGGUUUUGGAGAUCACGGUACCAAGGUCGUCUUUUAGGAGAAGAUCUGUUGUUCAUUCUCCUGACCAACAUCAACUUCUUGCCAGGGCUGCUUGAUCGAUCAAUUUGAAAGCGAGUUUGCUGCCCUCUCUGCUUUCUAUUUUCCAUUUUUUUUCUCUUUUGGUUGGUUGGAAAAUUGGAGAAAUUUGAAGCUCUGUAUUGUUAGUUUGUGAUGAAUAGGAAGAAUUUAUGUAUCAACAAAUUAAAUUGUUGGGUUUACAAGUAGAAGUAAGUGUAGGAUUGGAUUGAUCUGGUUAAAUUUGGACUGCUUGAUGUUUAUUCAAAUAUUUUUAUGAGUUCCAUGUCCACUUGGUUACUUAAUUUUGACAAUAGGGAUCAAGGCAUUAAAUUUAAUGAUAGAACACAACUUCUUA